AUGAAUCGCAUCAACUUGGAUAUAGAAGAAGAGUUUGAUCCUUCUUUACUUGGCUUGCAAAUAGCAAACCACAUUUCAACGGCAUCGCCAGGAUCUCAAGCUGAAGUUCGAGAGGAGCUCUUGCAGGAUGGUGUUCAGAUUGAUCGAUUAGACAGACAUAAGAUCGGCAACGACCGAUCUCAUCCCGUUCAUAACAACCCCAAUCCCCAAUCUCAGAAUCAGAAUGUCAGGAAACAUACAGCUCUAGAGUUAUUACGAGCUAUAAGCGAAUCGUACAUACCCGUCAGUUCGCAUAAUACAGCAUCAUCAUCAUCAUCAUCAUCAUCAUCACCCCCUAUCAUCGCUGCAAAUGGAAACGAAGUUCAUGGCAAAAUUCACAAUGUUUCUCCACUUAUCAGCGGUAUCAGCCAUGAAGAACCGAUAGCUCGAGAUUUUGUUGAUGAAGUCAAUUGUCCGCCACCUCAUUUAGUCAACGGGGUCUACAACACAUCUUGGGCAGAUGAUCGGCACAGCGGCCAUGGCGAACAACAGUCAAUAUCUUCGGAAAUAGAGCAAGUAGAUUCUUGUCUGUCUACAAUCAUCAGCUCAGGAGAUACAGCAUCGUAUGAGGAGCCAGAUAUGAAACCUCGUUCGUACGUCAAGAUCAUCCGUGCGAGAAUACCGGGUAGUAAGCGAUAUCGACAAGCCAUAAGGGUAUACCGACCACCUCCGGCGUCAACUUCCAUCGACGAUACGACCAUCGAUCCUUCAAUCGCAUCUGCUCUGGUUCCAGAACCAGAAAUAGAGUCAGAGAUGCAUUCACAAUUCCAAAAGGACAUUUAUCAUACAUUUGGUAAAGACCUGAUUGACAAGAUCGUUCAUCAAUCUAAAUUGAAUUCGACAAGUGGAGCAACAUUCCCAUCGAUAUUAAGAGAUCUAUUCCCCUCUCUUUCGGAUGUACAUACCACCCUGAAGAUCGUUAAUCAUAUGAGAAGACAAGUGGAUCUACCAAUCUUAGAAUUUAGACGAAUGAACAGAAUAGAAUUGAGGAAACUUAUAGCUAAAAUGAGAGAAGGAUUGUUUAUCGAUCUGGUAUCAGCUCUGAUCUUACCUUUAGCUCAGGAUAAUCCGAGAAAAGCUGGAGAAGGGAAGGGGACGGAUACUGAAUUCGCAACUACGGAUGAAGAGAAAGUCAAAGUAACUCUCACACCGACAAACUUGAAAAUUAUGGAAAAGAAAUUACCUAAAGUCUUUCCUGGCGAGAAGAGCUUGAUUAAGAGUUUUCUCAGCGAGGAUUAUAAAUAUGCUUACGGUGAGAAUAUGGGACAUGUAAUCUGGCAGGGCGGGAUCGGGAAGGUUAGGGGGAAAGGUGAAGGGGGCUUUAGAGGCAAAGAGGAUAUUGAGGGGGAUACGCAUAUCUAUGUGGAUCACUCGAAUAUCCUGCAUGGUCUCCUACAACACCUCUACGCUAAUCCGUCUGACGCCCUACCACCUCGACAUUUACGCACCCUAUCUCUCCCUGCUUUAUCACUCUUACUUCGAAGAGGAAGAUACACUCCACCUGGAUCACUGCAUCUUGUAGCUUCAUCGCCUCUACAGCAGAACCUAGAUGUGUUGGUCAGACUAGGAUGGGAAAUAUCAGUGUUGAAACGGGUGGAACUGUACGAAGAUGAAAUCGAGGAUUCCACCUCGGUUAAGAUAAUCAAUAAGGCGCAAACUAAAUUACCCACAGCAACUUUAACGGGUAAUGCUGGAUUGGGAGGAGGGGUGAGAAGGUAUAAGGAACAAGGUGUAGAUGAGAUCCUACAUUUGAAGAUACUACAAAUUCUCAACGAGAAGGGUAUGACCCCUAAUAAAUCCGCGAAAGCAACGAAUACGAAUACUCUGGUGUUAGCUACUGGCGAUGCGAGAGGAGGUCAAUUCAAUAAAGAUGGAUUCCCAGGUGCCGUAAGGGAAGCGAUCAAGAGAGGAUGGAAUGUUGAAUUGUGGUCUUUCACUUCGGGUUUGUCGAGAGCGUGGAAGGAUAUUGCUAGAAGGGAAAGAUGGUAUGAAAUGGGUAAAUUCACCAUUUGGGCGUUGGAUGAUUGGGCGGAACAGUUAGUGGAAGUUGGCGAAGAAGAUUAUUAUUGA